UAGAAACUUAGAAAAGAUAAAGAUUGAUUAAAUUUGCGAAAUGUUACAGAAAUAUGAAAUAAUACUUGAUAAUAUUAAAAGUGUUAAUAUGGAUUAAUAAUAAAUACAUUGUUUAUUAUACAUUUUAUUAAAUACAGUUGGCUCAAUUAUCUUAUCUUUCAAUGAUACGUGAAUAAUGACAACAUGUAUGAAGUUAGCUACAUACUUAGCUUAUAAGUUAAUCACAUAGAAAAGAGGUAGAGGGUAAUCAUAAUUAUAAUAAUUCAUAACAUAAGACUGUUUACUAUUAAGGAGAUCGUUAUUUUCAUUCUGAACAACCCAUGUGUUUGAUAUCAUAAAGUAUCUGUAAAUGAUAUUUAACGCCAUUUGUUAACUGACAAGAAAAUUGGUGUGCGUUUAUUACAGGUUAUAGAGUUGUACUAUGUGAUUCAUCGAACAGUGUAAAAUAACCUAUGAAUUUAACAUCUGACCACGUAUUUGACGACACAGCAAUUGAUCAACUGUCGCAUACGAUUUUUAACUAAUUCUUAGAUAUAACAUUAUCAAUUCAAGAUGAAGAAGAAGGUUCUGUUGAUGGGUAAGAGCGGUUCAGGAAAGACUAGCAUGCGCAGCAUAAUCUUUGCCAAUUAUAUUGCUCGUGAUACACGUCGUCUGGGAGCAACAAUUGAUGUAGAACAUAGUCAUGUUCGAUUCCUUGGUAAUUUGGUGUUAAAUCUUUGGGAUUGCGGUGGUCAAGAAGCAUUCAUGGAAAAUUAUUUUGCAUCACAACGUGACAAUAUAUUUAGGAACGUAGAGGUUUUGAUCUAUGUUUUCGACGUAGAAUCCAGAGAAUUAGAUAAAGACAUGCAUUAUUAUCAAAGUUGCUUAGAAGCAAUAUUACAAAAUAGUCCAGAAGCAAAGAUAUUCUGUUUAGUACAUAAGAUGGAUUUAGUACAAGAGGAUCAACGAGAUUUGAUAUUUAGAGAAAGAGAAGAAGAUCUGAAAAGACUUAGUUUGCCACUUGAGUGUACUUGUUUUAGAACUAGCAUAUGGGAUGAAACAUUAUAUAGGGCAUGGUCUUCAAUCGUAUAUAUGUUGAUUCCAAAUGUGAAAGAGCUUGAACAGAGUUUGAAACAAUUUACAAAUAUUAUUGAUGCCGAUGAAGUACUCUUAUUUGAAAGGGCAACAUUUUUAGUAAUUAGUUAUUGUCAAAGGCAACAUCACAGAGAUAUACAUCGAUUUGAAAAAGUUUCUAAUAUAAUAAAACAGUUUAAACUUAGUUGCAGCAAACUAGCGGCACAAUUUCAAAGUAUGGAAGUUAGAAAUACAAAUUUUGCAGCUUUUAUCGAUGUGUUUACAUCAAAUACAUAUGUAAUGGUUAUUAUGUCGGAUCCUGCUAUCCCAUCAGCAGCAACAUUAAUCAAUAUUCGUAAUGCACGAAAACAUUUUGAGAAAUUAGAGCGUGCUAGUCAGAGUUCGGCAUUAAGUAGAUAGAAAUCAGCUCGACCCAGGCGCGUUGUCACCCGGGUCCAGGCUGUUAAUCACUAUUGAAUCUAAGAGUCACUUUAAAAGAGAAUCAUCACAAUGAAGGUGCAUGAGAACUUUCCUCUUUUAUUAAUUAAAGUAAAUCGAUAAUUUUGCUAAUGAAUGAAUAAUUUCAAUAUGUAAUUUGUGAUAAAACUAUUAUUAAUACUGUCAUUUUCAAAGAAUCAUAUUGUAUUUCAGAAAAGAAUCUGAAUUUUUAGUUUAUCCUAUAUAAAAUUUGAAAGAAUAUUUAAAAAUUUUGCUACGCUUGUACGUGUUAAUAAAUGAAUACAACACACACACACACACACACACACACACACACACACACACACACACACACACACACACACACACACACACACACACACACACACACACACACACACACACACACACACACACACACACACACACUCUUGUUAGUAUGAAAUUGUACGCUAUUAGUAUCAUGUUAAGUGGAUAUAUAUAUCGUUGUUCGAUUAUAGUAAAUACUGUCUUGGCUCUUAGAGAUAAUACAUGGUUUUCUGGGUUAAGCUUUUUCCUGGUUCCAUGAUGUUAUGUAUUUUAUUUCUGUAUAGCAAUUAUUCUCUCUGGCCUGUUACAAAGAUAUAUAUUUUCUUAAAUUAUAUUUACUUGAUAUAAUAGUGUACAUAUAUACUUAUUAUAUAAACCGUGCUAUUGCAACAAUCAAGCUAACCGUAAUUGUAUCUUUCGAUUUAGAUAACGAUAAUGUUAAAUUAUACGUUAUAUUUUGUAUAAAAUUUUGAUUGUUACCUUUUGAACAAA